AUASCAGUCCUGGAGGCAGCACAGCAGCCAUUCCUCGCCUGGAGCAGGGCAGAGCCGUAGAUGAGAGCAAAGCCGAGCUGCAGCCCCACAGCCAUGUCCACAUCGCUGCGGGUGAGCCCCUCGGUGCACGGCUACCGCUUCGACACCGCCCUGCGCAAAAAGGGCACKGCCAACAUCUUCGAGAGCAUCAACCAGGACUCCCUGCAGAAACUCUUCCGAAACUCCGGRGACAAGAAGGCCGAGGAAAGAGCCAAGAUCAUCCUCGCCACCGACCAGGACAUGGAGGAGAAAACAAGAGCYCUAAUGGCUCUAAAGCAGAGGAGAAAAGACAAACUGCUCCAGUUCCUGACGUUUCGGAAAUACUCCAUUAAAGUUCACUGAACCGGCCAAGGGAGCAGGAAUGGAGAACAUUUCGUGACGGGACUUUUGUGAGCUCCUACCACGCUCAGCAUGCUCUGCUGCCCCGUGGGAGAGGGGACCUGACAGAMCAGGGCAGGGCUGGAGCCCCUCUGGAAYYGGAGA